AUGAGUGAUCUCAGGUUAUUGACUUACUACCUCGGUAUCGAAGUAUGUCAAGAGAAGGGUAGAAUAACUCUGUCUCAGGAGAGAUAUGCCAAGAAAAUCCUAUGUGAAACAGGGAUGGGGGAGUGUAAUUCUGUUCAAACACCAAUGGAGUUUGGUCUGAAGCUUUCGAGGGCAGAGAAGGAAGAAAGCAUCGAUGCCAAAGACUACCGGCGAAAGAUAGGUUGCUUACGUUACCUACUCCACACGCGGCCUGACCUUGCUUUUAGCGUUGGUCUGUUAUCACGAUAUAUGCAUGACCCUAAACACUCUCACGGAGCAGCUAUGAAGCAGGUCUUGAGGUACUUGAAAGGAACAACGAAGUUAGGCCUCGUUUACAAGAAAGGUAGCAUGACAGAGAUUAGAGGUUAUAGUGAUUCAAGCCAUAACAUAGAUGAUGACGACGGUAGAAGCACCACAGGUCACAUAUUUUACUUGAAUGAUUGCCCAAUUACGUGGUGUUCUCAGAAACAAGAAACUGUAGCUCUAUCAUCAUGCGAGGCUGAGUUUAUGGCUGCAACCGAAGCAGCAAAGUAA